UGGUCGCGUAGCAGGGGGACUUUCGGCGCAAUGAAAUUUGAAUUCAUGUGGGUGGGCUGAAACGGUUUACGGUGGACAACUUAUUGCUCGGCGCAAAGUCAACAUAAACGAGGCCGAAGUACAACAGUGAUGAAGAUUUCGAAGUGGAGCUCACGGAGUGAGCGAGAGAAGAUCAAGCACUUUUCCUCCGGCGCGCAAUCCGAGUGCUCCAUCCCCGCGUCAUGACGCUCUACCGCGGAUGCGUGGCUCCAUUCGGCGUGCCGUCCUCCGGUCUGAACCUCCCCGGACCUCCGCUGGUCUACUUGUACGGAGGGGGCAGCGGUGGCGCGGCGCCCGCCGCCCUGAGCCUCGUGUCGAGCCCCCAGGCCCCCCAGCAGCAGCAGCAGAAGCCCCCUUACAGUUACAUCGCGCUCAUCGCCAUGGCCAUCAAGAGCGCGCCGGAGCAGCGCGCCACGCUGAGCGGCAUCUACCAGUUCAUUAUGGACCGCUUCCCCUUUUACCACGAAAACAAGCAGGGCUGGCAGAACUCCAUCCGCCACAACCUCUCCCUGAACGACUGCUUCAUCAAGGUGCCCAGGGAGAAGGCUCGACCCGGCAAAGGCAGCUACUGGACACUGGACGCCAAGUGCUCCAACAUGUUUGAGAACGGCAACUACCGGCGGAGGAAGCGGAAGGUGAAGAGUCGACAGGGGCGCGCCACAGCCUCCGGGAAGGACCGUCCGUCAUCUUUGCUGGUGGAGAUGACGCUGAGGCGAGAGGCGCAGGGGAUGGAAACGCACGCGGAGUCGAAGACGGUUCCGCAGCAAAAUCCCCGCAAGCACGGACACAAAGCGAUGAAGAAGCAGGACCAGAGGCGCACGUCGCCGCCGACCGAUGACGCACCCUGCCGGCUCAGUUUCCCAAUUGCCGACGACAACGAGUCGACUUCACUUCUCGCUCAGCUGGCUCCCGAGUCGGGUGUUCCGAGCAGGGACAAAUGCACCACCUUCAGCAUUGAGAGCAUCCUCGCAAAAAGGGAAGGCGACCGAGGGCCGAGGCAGCGCCAAAGCACCGCUGGCGCUGCAAACCUGUUUUCAGACACUCGGCAGCAUCACUUGGGAUUUCCAUUUUGCUCUUAUUUGUCACUCUCUUGUCCACAAAAACCUCUAUACUAUAAAUGUGAAUAAUGACUCACUCACAGCAUUCGAUUUGAGUCACUAUAACGGCCUUUCCCAACCUUUAUUGAGAGCCAAGGCACAUGUUUCAUAUUCUGGGGGUUAUGGAAACAAACAAAAAAAACUUCUCAAUGCACACCACCAAACAAAAAAUGUCGCCAAAAGUGGAUACACUGUAAAUGGCUUUAAUAUAGCUUCUGCCAACUGGUGGAAGCGCAUUUAACGUGUUACUAUAUGCAACUUGCAGAGAGAGUUGAACAACGAUACAUUAUUAAAUAACCGAUGACGUGAAACUCAAUCAUUUCCCACACGAUAGUGAUCUCUCGUGGCACGACGCACUGAUUGGAAUCACUGCAUUAUAGUGUACUUUCUAUGCAGAUGCACACCUAAUGAUUUGAACAUGUAUGCAAUCUGCUAUAACACUCUCUUAAAUGUUCACGGACCUCUCAUAUAUACAGCAGUUCCCUCCUGAAUAAGAUAACAUGUUAUAAAGCAUACUGCAGUGUAACCCAUCUAAUUCAAAUAUUUUGUCUAAAGCCUUUUAUAACCCUGCAAAUAAGAUUUAUGUAUGACAAUGUAACCCAGUGAUCUUUUGUUAUUCCGAUCCGCUGUGAAUUUCAUGUCUAAAAUAAAAAAAAAAGAAAAUAUUAGUUUGGUAGUAAUUAAACGUUUGUUUGAGUAGAACUUUUCCACAAUGAUAGACAAAAAUAGUAUUACAAGCGCAAGAGACACAGAGCUGGAACAAGGUGAUCAAGGCCUUGGCUGUAUGUGCCACCCCUUCACCUCCUGACCCCCAGAAGUUGACAUGAAGUUCACAUAGUUUCUAUUUUAAACAUGGAUGUUGUCCAUUAAGAUUGAAAUAGUUUCACAUUUCAAUCAAAUUAUAGUUUUCAAUAAGUGGUUUACAGAUUCUACAGGAAGAGCCCUAAAGGCACCAUGUAGUCUGUGCAGGAAUUGGAAUAGAAUACAAUAAGAGCGACUUCUAUUACGAAAAGAAUUAAAAACUUUAUUAUACGCUUAAAUUUGACAGUUAUUUAGCACACACCAUACAGCAAAAUACUCUAAAGGGAUUAUACAGUAAUUAACUAUUGCUUUCACUGGAUCAUGGGAUUUUGGCUGAAGUCACACACAGAAUUACUGUAUAAAAAAAACAAAAAACUGUAAAACAAAAAUCUUGGGCACAGCAAUACAGUAACAUACUGUAUAUCAAUUUUAAAUUUUACUCAAGCAGGAUUUAAUGCAGACUUGGACAAACAAGUAAUACACUAAUAAUUGUAUUAUGAAAUCACCCAUUUACUGUUAUUUCAUGAUAAAAUAUUUGAUUAGACAAUUUUCUAUGAUAACGCAAUCAAUUAAUGGAGGGGCCAAAUGCAAAGGCUAAGUUUGAAAGAGACAGAAUUGUGAAACCGCGGGACUCCCAGGAUGCGGCGCGCCAUGAUAAGAUGAAUUGCUCAGGAUGACCGUAACAUGAGUUCUGUGUGUCGAUUUUACCCGUAGUACGUUGAAUGUUUCUCUUGUUUAAUUCUUGUGUUACAUCCAUGUUGCACUUUGCUUUCAUGAAACCCUGACUGUGGGUUGUGUGUGACGGAGUGACAUCCUGGUCAGUUCUGCUGCAUGCUAAACUAAACUAAGCUAAGCUAAGCAUUAUCCGGUGACUUAUCAGCUGCAUGGAUGCAAGCGUGUGCUUUCUUGUGAUUGCUCAAUUUGGCCUACUUCUACAAGCCAUAAGAGCUCUCGUUUGCCUUAUGUGACUCAUCAUCACCACAAUGAAUAAAAACAUAAAUUUAGAACAAUAUAGUAACUCCCUGUUUUUAGUGUGUGAUGUCAAUCAAAAUCCCAUGAUGCAGUGGAAAAUAUCUUUAAUUACUUUAUAAUCACUUUACAGUAUUUUAGUGUAUGGUAUCUUGUAAAUAACUGUAGAAUUUACAGCCAUUUCUAAGUGUACGGUAAUAAACAGUAUGCCCAUAAUUCCCAGAUGCAUUGUAACAUUCAGGGCUCCACAAUGUUUAAAAAUUUCAGUGUAAAUAAGAUGCUUAUAUAACAAGUGACACAUGUUCAAAAACACAAUUAUACAAGACAGACAAUGAUCCAAAAAUCUAUUGUGUAGAAAUACUGAACACUAACAUUGCAGAACAGUUGCAGGUAAGAUAACCAACACAAAUGCUGCUCAAUACUUGGAAUGAUCACAGCUGGUGGAUGUGUAUGACGUGGUGCAUGACUCCGGAAUCCAAUUCAAACUACUCUCCUCCCCCUUUUUAUUUAUUUGAAUUUAAUUUACCUUAAUUUAAGUUUACUGUAACAUACUGGUUGCACUGCUCCCAGUAAGUUACUGUAAAAGCCCUAUGAAAUGUUUAACAGUGUAAUGUGUUGGUCAAUUCCCGUGGAUAAAUGAAAAAAACAUCAUCUUCUGAAACACUUCUCCAAGUAUAUGAGGUUUAAUUAAUUAUUGAGGCUUGCUGGAACAGUGUAUUGAUAAUGCUAGCCUGUCCUUUAUAGUUACGGUACUUCAAAUGCCUACUGUUGAAAAUUCCCUUGAAACUCUAUCUAGAAAAAUACCAAAAUAAUAGAUUUGUAGCUUAAAAGAGCACUUCAGUAAAUGGUGUAGUCUAAUUUUGGAUUCAUGCUUUGAUUUGCAGCCUAAUGAAUUUUAAGUAGCAUUGAGUUUUCCUUAACUUUGCUUUUCUUUUUGGUUCAGAAAACUAUAAAGAUUAGGACACAGCAGGCUUGAGGCUCAGAAUAAAAGUUUCAACUGAAUUUUUGAUGACAAUGCAUGAUUGGAACCUCAGUUUUCAAUGAAUCUCCGACAAUGUAUAAUUUAAAUUCCACAGCAUGUGGUAAAUGUAUUAGAACUCCGACUGUAUGCACAUGUAUGACACCUGCAUGAAAUCAGUGCAGUCAGUUGACAUCAACACUGCAAACAUACAGUCACCAUGUCUAAAUAUAGUUUUACAGCUUGGACACCCACUGGCCUGAGAAAGCUUGGACAGUGCAAAUCAGGAAUGUUUGUUGAAAUAAAUACAUCUCCGCUCAUUUGAAGGAGGGACUCACAAUUGCACACAUUUCCUGUGUAUACCACUCAUUUGGCAAAUAAAACAUGCUAAAAAUGUCAGAGGGGAAAGAAUAGAGAAAACACAGAUAGCAGCGUAGAAAAAUAACUAAGAUCAGAUCAACAGUUAAGUGGUCCGUUUCUUUGGUGUUUGGGUGCAUUAGUAACCAACAACAAAUCAUUCAUCCAUCCAUCUGCAUUUUUGUCUUCUCUGGAGUCCUGUAUCAACAAAGUGAUUAAUAAAUUCUACCGUUAUCAUAUA